AUGUUCGGGCCGGGCCGGGAGGACCUGCGGAGGAGAGGAAACGCUGCUUCUGGGGUCCGUGCGCUCCGGGACCGGGAGCCCGGGGCCGCCGCACUCCUGGGAAAGCACGGCGGGAGUGCCCGGGGUCCCCAGGACGAGAGUCCAGCCCAGAGCAACAGCGAGCCGGAGCGCGCCCGCCUGCUCGCCGACCCCGGGCGCCGAGAGCCGCUGGGGGCGCGCGGGGCGGUCCUCCCGCCGGCCGGCCGGUGCCGGGAACGUCUGCGGGAGCGGGGAAGUCGCCUCGGGGAGGAGCCGCGGCUGGCCCUGCUCUCUCUUGGACGCAUUUCAAAUCAACUUUCCGAAACACGCCCGCCCGAGCCGGAGCCCUGCGGCGCGCAGCCGUCCUUACCUGCUUACAGCGGUCGGACCUCGAGCCCCUCCAGGAGCGCGACCCGGGUCUUAAUCACCUGCGUAGUCCAGGAGCAACCCUAUGAGGUGGAGACAAUGAUUAUCCUGAUAUUACAGCAAUCUGUGGAACCAGCCGGGGAGCUACCCCAUCUAUGGCAGAGAACACAGAAGCUCCACCACCAGACUCAUGAACGCUUGUGGCUGAGAUCCGGGGAGAGAGUGAGGACGGGGAGUGGGCCUGCACUCACGUGCAGAUCUCCCAAAGGAGCUGGAGCACCGGGCCGCAAGUACUUCAACCUCAGAGCAGACUCCAACCCAAAACGUUUCCGCCGGCUCUUGGAGGACCCGAUCCUGCGCCACGUAAGGAACAUCCAGGGAGGUAGCAGUAGCGUGGACUCUCUUGCCUGA